CGGUUGCUUCUUUACAUUCAAUGUGUUGAUUUUUUUUCAUUUAUUUGUAAAAUUAUUAAUGCAAGAGAAUUCAUCAUAUUCCAUAGGGUUGUCGGUUUUAUUUUAAAAUCGCGUAAUCGGAAUUCACUUGUAAUGGCCUUUACAUAACGUCAUACGACACGUGACGGCACCCUGCGCAGUGCAGCAUGCGCAUGCUGUCGACUCAGACCUUAUGGAGUAGUAGUGACUUGUUUCAGGAUAGGAAAAAAAUAUAAUUAGAGAUGAAAUGGACAUAUUUCCCGUGGAUUGGAUUGUUUGUAGGGUGUGCUUUGUUUUCUGUAGCAGAGAGUACAAUUGGAGGAACCGUAAACUGUUUUCAGUGCAAUGUGUUUAACCAGGGAGCAAGGGAAUUCUGCGCUAACGCGGAGAGGAAGAUGUACAACUGUUCGGGCUGUCUGAAGACCCACACCCGGGUCUACAUGCACGACCAGUGGCUCCAGUACAAGUACGUGACUGUGACAUCUAAGUACUGUAUACAGUACAUGAACUUCAGACGUCCAGAAGGCUGUUACGUGAAGUCGGCGGACCAGGGAUACAUCAAGCAGUGUUACUGCUACAGCCACUGGUGUAACGCGGCCAGCAAGAAUUCCAACCGAACACUCGCAAUGACGGUGGUGCAGGUGGCGUUCGUGGCCGCCAUGUUGAGCUGGAUCCGCAGAAGCUGAUCAAGAAUUGUCUGUCUUGUCGUGCAAAUUGUAAAACUUCGGCAGCUAUAUACUUUAUGUAUACCAGUGGAUUUUAUUGUGAGAUCAGUGAUCGUGUGGAAAUAAUGUGAGAAUGUAAGUGUCGAGGAUUUGUUGUACAGGUAAUGGUGGCCAUGGAUAUAUUUGUUUUACAAUUCUAUGAAUUUUUACGAAGUGCUGAAUACAACAUCGAAACCUCUUCAUAUUGAAGCUGUGUCGAGGAGACGUUCAUAUUGAAUCUGUGUCGAAGAGGGAGGGGGUUUUCUGGUGAUCUUCGUUAAUGUGCUUGCGAUAACUAGACUUUUAGUUAUUACGUGCUAAAGGUGCUUAUAUUACAUGUAGAUAUUGACUGAGUGAAGAAAGCAAGAAUGGGUGAAUUACUGUGGAACAUAUAGUUACAUUGUAAACAUUUAUCAUUAAUCAUCAUUACUCAACAUUGAUUUUUAUUCAUGUAUUUUUUAUCCUGUUGAAAAUAACCGAA